CCCACAAUUCUCCAAACCACAACAGACGAGCCCUGCGAAAAAGGCUGUGGAUUCAACUCAUUCAGACACCGAGAGCGAGAGAGAAAAACACGGGCGUGUUUCCUUAGUGACACUUUAAAUGGAGUUAACGUUACGAGCUUAGGCUGCAGCAGACAGGGGAGCUUUUAAAGAUGGUGAAAGACCAAGAAGUGGAGCGCAUCGCGAAGAAGCUGGACAAAAUGGUGCAGAAGGAAAACACGGAUGGUGCCUUAGACUUGCUGAAGGAACUGAAGAACAUGAAAAUGUCACUGGAGACCCUGCAGUCCACGCGGAUUGGCAUGUCCGUGAAUGCAGUGAGGAAGCAGAGCUCAGAUGACGAGGUGCAGUCUCUGGCCAAAUCGCUCAUCAAAGCUUGGAAGAAGCUGCUUGAUGGUGCUGAGGGCAAGUCAGAAGAGAAGAACAAGGGAGGACCCUCACUUCAAUCAUCUACAUCAUCAUCAACAACAUCGUCUAAAGACAGUCCUGGGUCUAGUGACAGCAAGAAACCAGAAACACCAAAGACUCCCACCACACCUACAACUCCUACAACCCCCAAGUUCACCUCCUUUCCCCCUGUUCCCGUCACCACCGACAGCGUGCGAACCAAGUGCAGAGAGCUGCUGGUUGCGGCCCUGCAGACGGAUGAUGAUUACAAAAAUAUUGGAUCGGAUUGUGAUACAUUGGCCGCAGAGAUUGAAGACUAUAUCUAUAAGGAGUUUAAGUCCACUGAUAUGAAGUAUAAGACGAGACUGAGGAGCCGCAUCUCCAACCUUAAAGACCAGAAGAACCCUGACCUGCGCCGCAAUGUUCUAUGUGGCAACAUAUCUACCGAACGGAUUGCCACCAUGACGGCAGAGGAGAUGGCAAGUGCGGAGCUGAAAGAGAUGAGAAAGGCUCUGACUAAGGAAUCCAUUCGGGAACAUCAGCUCUCCAAAGUGGGCGGCACCGAGACCGAUAUGUUCAUUUGUGGAAAGUGCAAGGGCAAGAAGUGCACCUAUACCCAGGUUCAGACACGUAGCGCAGAUGAACCGAUGACCACCUUUGUGCUGUGCAACGACUGUGGCAACCGGUGGAAGUUUUGCUGAGGAGUGCCGGAAUUCUUUGUGCUUUGUGUAAAGAAGUGACAAAAAUAAUGAAGUGAGGUACUUUUUUUUUUUUUUUUUUUUUGGAAAAAUGUCAUUUCUUUUUAUACCCAUUUCACAGCUUUGUAAUAUAUAUUUGGUGUGCAUAUUGCUAAUUAUGCAAAUCUUAGGCACUUGAUGUAAAUAAUUUUAUUUUGUAUUAUUAUUUUUUUUUUCUUUUCUUUUCUACUGGAACUGUAUCCAUUGCCUUUAAGCGUUCUGACUCCAGGUCAGCAUUAGCUCGUUCAGUACUGCUCUUGCCUAAGAUGAAGCACUCUGUGCCUUUUUCUGCGCUUUUUGGUGCCACGAUUGUCUUUGCUUAAAGAUUUGUACUCAUUUCUGCUGCACAUUUAGUGGGUUGCAACCGUGCUAGAGUGUUGUAGAUAUGCAUAAAGCUGAUUAUGCAUUUGUUUUGAUUUAUUUGUGGGGACACUUUCUUUGGACUGCUCAUAGCAGACGAUUUGCCAAUUGUCAAUAAACCUUCAAAAAGGGCAGGUAAUAUUUCUAAAGAAUAAUCCAGCACUUAAGCUUUAUUAAUUUUUUUCUUUUUUUUCUUUUGGCUCUAACCAUAAUCUACAAUUUGCCAACAGUUUGAUAGUUGGAGUAGAUAGUAGAUCAUUUUGAAGGUCUGUAGAUAAUCUGUAGAUCACUUAUAGGAGAUCGUUCAUAUAAAGUGGGGCCUCUUUUUUUUUUUUUUUUUUUUUUUUAAUUAUGUGUGAGCUGCUUUUUUUCAGAAGUAUAUUUCAAAAGUCUUAAUAUAGAAAGGUUUAGUGCUAGAAGAUGUUCUAGUAGAUUCAAGUCUCCCUUUUGAGAGGACCUACGUACGCAGAUGUAAGAACAUCACAGUGGGUUUGAUUUGAUCAUGUGUAUUAUAUAUAUGAAAUUGUGGACCAGUCUCAUUAAAAAAUUAUAAUCAGACAAA